CCGCGGCGGGGCCGGGCAGGGCCGCACCAUGACCGAGACCACCAAGACCCACGUUAUCCUGCUGGCCUGCGGCAGCUUCAACCCCAUCACCAAGGGGCACAUCCAGAUGUUCGAGCGAGCCCGGGAUUACCUGCACAAGACCGGACGCUUCAUCGUCAUCGGCGGCAUCGUCUCGCCCGUGCACGACUCCUAUGGGAAAACGGGGCUGGUCUCCAGCCGGCACCGCCUGACCAUGUGCCAGCUGGCCGUGCAGUCCUCCGACUGGAUCAGGGUGGACCCCUGGGAGUGCUACCAGGACACCUGGCAGACCACCUGCAGCGUGCUGGAGCACCACCGUGACCUGAUGAAGAGAGUGACUGGCUGCAUCCUGUCCAAUGUCAACACGCCCUCCAUCACCCCUGUGAUCGGCCAGCCCCAGAACGAGUCCUCGCAGAACAUCUACCAGAACAACAACAACAGCGUCUCCAGCAAGCCCACUGCAGCAAAGAUCUUGGGGAAGGUGGGAGAAAGCCUGAGCCGGAUUUGCUGUGUUCGCCCGCCCAUGGAGCGCUUCACCUUUGUGGAUGAAAAUGCCAACCUGGGGACAGUGAUGAGAUAUGAGGAGAUUGAGCUUCGCAUCUUGCUGCUCUGUGGCAGCGACCUGCUGGAGUCCUUCUGCAUCCCUGGCCUCUGGAACGAGGCAGAUAUGGAGGUGAUUGUCGGGGAGUUUGGGAUCGUGGUGGUGCCGCGGGACGGAGCAGACCCCGAGCGGAUCAUGAACCACUCCUCCAUCCUCCGCAAGUACAAAAACAACAUCCUGGUGGUGAAGGAUGACUCAAACCACCCCAUGUCAGUUGUCAGCUCCACCAAAAGCAGACUGGCCCUGCAGCACGGCGAUGGACACGUUGUGGAUUACCUCUGCCAGCCUGUCAUUGACUACAUCCUCAAGAGCCAGCUGUACAUCAACGCCUCUGGCUAAGAGCCCUCGCAGGGAGACAGCCCCGUGUCCCGCCUGCCUGCAGCUCUGCAUCACCCCUCUCUCUCUCUCUCUCUCUCUCUGUGUCUCCAUCUCUCUCCCCAUCCCAUGGCCUCCUGCCCGUGUCUGCCUCUCACCCCCAGCACCAACACUCUGUUGUGCAGCCAUGUCCAGGGAAUGGUUUGGUCUCUUGUUCUGGGGCACUGCCCUGCCCUGUGUGCAUGGGGAGGGAGGAGGGGCUGGUCAGGGAGCAACAUGCUCCGUGUGCUCCCAGCAUGUCCCUGGGAAAUGGUCCCCUCAGUCCAUCUUCCCAGCAUGCUCAGAGCAGGGGCUGCCUAUUCUGCAUCAUCUUACACAACCUAAGCUCAAUAAAUCUGGGUGGGGUUUUU